CAAGAAUCUACAAAGAUCUUUUUUAUAUAAGGCACUUGAUCUAAUAUUUCUAUAUAAGGCACUUUGUGUUUUUUUCAGUUUUAGAUAAACUUGAAAAAACACUAUCAGAAUCCUGAAGAAACCUGAACGGGUAUUCUGCUUGGGCGGAUGAAAUAUGUAUGAAUGGCGAAUCGAGGGUGGGCCAAGGCGGUUGGGGCAUUUUGGGCGCGGAUCGGGGGCGAGCCGCUGGCGGACCAACCUACAGGGGCGGCCGAACCGUAUAUGAGAGGCGCAUCAGGGCGAGCCAAGGCGGUUGGGGCUUUUUGGGCGGAUGAACUUUAUAUAGGGGGCGGAUCGGGGGCGACCCGCUGGCGGACCAACAUACAGAGGCGGCUGUACCGUAUAUGAAAGGCGCAUCAAGGGCGCGCCAAGGCGGUUGGGGCUUUUUGGGCGGAUGAACUUUAUAUAGGGGGCGGUUCGGGGGCGACCCGCUGGCGGACCAUCUUACAGGGGCGGCCGAACCGUAUAUGAAUGGCGGGUUGAGGGCGAGCCACGGCGGUUGGGGAUUUUUAGGCGGAUGAACUUUCUAUGGGAGGCGUAUCGAGGGCGACCCGCUGGCGGACCAUCCUAUAGGGGCGGUUGAACCAUACAAAACGGCGUAUGUGGGGCGGAUGAACGGCGGGUGAAACAUUUCAAGGCAAACCUGGGCGACCCCGGGGCGAGUCGCUGGCGGACCAACGUCACGAUAAAAAAAAACUGAUCGUGCGCCAAAUUGUUGCAAAUUUUAUCCGCCAGCGGGUCGCCCGUGGUCCGCCAAAUCAAACGCUGGCGGAUCGCCAGAGCGGUUUGGCGGUCCGCCAGCGAACCGCCGGCGGGCUGCCCAGUCAAUGUGGGGUAGAGCUUACAAUCUGUACUUGAAUGACAAUAACCAGCUUGUGCGGAUUAACGGAAUUAAAGGGCUUAUGCUGCAGAAACAAAGAGAACAUUCUAACAGAUGUCGUAUGUUGAAUGAAACGUAUCUACAAGGAGAAUCUACAAGUAUUUUCCACGUGGCGCAGAAAAUGCAGAAUCGACAGGGCAGGACGAUAAGUGAACUGGAUGUGGACGGAAAUGUUAUCAAUAAUGGAACCGAAAUAGAGCAAAACAUUGUGAAUUACUUCGAAACCCUUUUCUCGGCUACUCCUAACCGGUCACCUGUGGCAGGAUUUGAGCCAGCAAGACGAAUCCCUGACAACGUUGCAGCUAACGACGACCUCUUGCAACCCCUGGACGCAAACGAAAUCUUUAUGUGCAUCAAAAACAGUUGCCCCAGGAAAUCUCCAGGAGACGACGGACUGCCUCGGGAAUUCUACUACAAAACAUGGAACAUUAUCAGCCAAGAAUUCACUUCCGUUAUCAAUUAUGCUCUUCGUAAUCCUGAUACCGAUUCAAAUUUUAUGAACGGCGUUGUGGUCCUCGUCAAAAAGAAGCAGAGCGGAAACACAGUGAAAGCGUACCAAUUACUCUAUUAAAUUUUGACUACAAAAUUUUAACGAGAGUGAUAAAAAACAGAAUGAUUCCGCUGGCUGAACACGUUUUGUCUCCACACCAAAAAUGCUCGAACGGGAAACACAACAUUUUUGAAGCCACAACACAGAUUCUGGACAAGAUUGCAUCGCUUAAACAUAGAAGGCAGUCAGCCACGCUGGUGUCAUUCGAUAUGGACCAUGCGUUUGACCGGGUGAGGCAUGACUUUCUCUACUACACCCUCACACAGAUGAACUUCAACCCGCAGCUGAUCGACUUUCCACGGAAAAUCUAUGCCAACUCCUUCUCAAAUAUUUUGAUAAACGGUAAGCUGUCCAGAUCGUUCCAAAUCAGAAAAUCAGUCAGGCAAUGCUGCUAUUCGUGCUGUACAUUCAACCACUGGUCGACAAGCUGGCAACAAUUGGAGCGGCAGGUAGUCUUCUGAACGUGUAUGCAGACGAUAUCAGCAUGGUGGACGCGGACAUCAACAACUUGGCUGAAGCUGUUAAUAGAAUACGAGAGUUCGAAGAGGUAUCCGGUGCUGUCCUGAACCUGACGAAAACAACGGCAAUGAACCUGGAUCAACUUCCAAGAUUCGCUGACAAUUCUUGGUUUAACGUUCACCGACUCCGUCAAACAAUCCAUUGAGUUAACUUGGCAGAAAACUCUAAAAAACUUAAAAUGGAGACUCUGGAUGUGCAAAUCCAGAUCACUGAACUUGCUGCAGAAAGUAAUUCAUUUGAAUACCUUUGUAUCAUCCAAAAUUUGGUACCGUAAAACGGGGUGACUUUGAUAGCCGGGGUGACUUUGAUAGGUUUGAGAUUUUUCCGAAAAAUGAAGAGUACAAAUUAAAUACGUACGGAAUGGUAGUAAAUCAUACUGAAAGUGGUAGAUAAGUAUUCAAAGUACCUCAAGAAGAACUUUUCAUAAAAUUUUGAAAUGUUUGAAAAGUUAGUUAACUAUAAUUAAGAAAGUGUUGAUGAAUAGCAAUAUUUAAAUCUUCUCAAAUUGUCAUGUUUUUGUCAACGAACAUGAAUUUGAAUCGGAAAACGGAUUGCAUUUUUGGAUUCUUUGGUCAAUUUUCCGCUAGGAGAAGGUAAAAUAAGUUUGUAAAUAAUAAAUAUUAUGUGUUUUUGAAACAGUAAUCGAAAAAAUCCCUUGUUUUAUAAGCAUUUUCAGUUGAACAAAUUUCAUAUAAAAUGUGAAAACUUUUGAUGUCUGCUUCUAAUUCAGUUUGAAAUGCAAUAUUAAUCGAUAAUUUCAUAACCAAAACUAGUUUCAACGAAUUUCAGGCAAAUUUCUAACUUUUGAACCAUAUUUCCUAAAAUGUAUAUGUAUUUUAAUAAAAAGCUUAUAAACUUAGUUAACUAAAUAUAAACAUUGAUUUUUUUCCUUGAAAACUAUCUUAGCAACCUUAGUAAUGGUACAUUUGAUGUAAAAAUAAAGUUUGAACACCUAAAAUCUGAUUUGAACAAGAAAAACUAUGACUAUCAAAGUCACCCCGGAAUUCAAACUGAGAAUUUUUAACGUAACUAUUAUUUUAAACACUAUUGAAAUAACUUUUUUUCAAAAAUGGUGUAUGGACCUCAUGUGGGCUACCCCAGUACAUGUUUUAAAAAUAAUAGUCUUAAGAAAAACCUUACCAGUUGGAAAAUAUUCCAAAAAUAAAUUGAAAUCCUAUCAAAGUCACCCCGGUUUACGGUACGCUGCCUCAACGUUUCCGUUGCCGAAAAAGUACGAGAAAGAUAUCCUCAAGGAAUACCGAAACUUUCUGUGGAUAGGACACAAACAACCCAUUCGUUUGGAAACUUUGUUCCUGCCUAAGGAACGAGGAGGACUAAACCUACACUCGCCAGGAUUGAAGUCUACUGCAUUAUUAACUAAUAGAAUGCUGGCUAAUCAAACUCUGCUUCCUUUUUUUAGUGACUUGUUGGGCAGUACACCUGUUCUGCAAAUUCCCCGCGCGUUAGAAAUCUCAACACUUCCAACGCAGAUCAUCCGGCAUCACAGUUCAAUCGGAAUCUAUAAGGAGCUAAUCGAUGGAGAGAGUGAUCCACCGAUACUUGAAACUCGAAGGCAGUGGAAACGGAUCUUCAAAAAUCUAGCUGAUCAACGAGUGGCUUCAACCCUGCGUGCCAACUGGUACAUAAUUGUGCACGAGAAGAUUCAGCAUAAUGAUUUGUUAUACAGACAACAACGCCGAGAUAACCCGGACUGCAACGAAUGCCCAGGCGUAGCGGAAACACUAGAGCAUAAAUUGUUCAAGUGCAUAACAGUUCGCACUGUAUGGAAUUAUGUUCGUUCCUUGUUAGGGAAUCUCGAUCCACGCUUACAAUGUAAGCAAAACGCAUACUUUAUGUUUCCAUCAUUACAAGGACUAUCAGCGCCAGUAGCCCAAAGAACCAAACACAUUGUAGCUAAAUAUCUGCAUUUUGUUGUAAGUAAUCCUAUUUCUAAUGUAAGUGUAGAUAAUUUCAAACUUGAAUUGUAGAAUAGCUUUUAAUAAUUGUACCAAAUAAACACUGACCAGUUAAAAAAAAAAGUAAGCUAUUCCAUUUAUGUAUUUAUGUUGAUUAAAAUGAAUAAAUGCUUCGAAACAACUUGUUAAGUCCUUAUGGCAUAUAUUGAUACCUGUAUUAUUAUUCGUUAUACAUUAUAUAAUCUUUAUUUGUUUUCAUUAUAUUAUAUAACCCAUAUCUUCUAUCUAUCUAUAUAUAUAAAAAAUUUCGACGGUUUUGUUCGAACGCGCAUCAGUUGAGUACCGGAGGUCGGAUCGGAGCGCUCUUUGCUGCGUUGGGUUCGUAUAAGCCUAAGGAAGGUUUUUACGCUAAUAAGUUGGCACUUUGGCCACUCUGAGACCGAUUCCGGAACAUCACCGUUUGUAUGAGAAAUGAAACGAAAAACUAAAUUUUGAUCAUAGGAGGCGUCAAGAUAUUUUCAAACAAAAAAAAAACAAAACGUCAAAACGGAAAAGUUUAAUGUAGAACGUGGUAGAAAAUACAGUUUUUAGUAGGACAAAUAAUCAAACUAAAAAAGGAAAGCUGUUUGUUUUUAGAAAACAAACCCGGCAAAAAAAAGAUAAAAAGGAAAACAAAAAUCAAAAUGAAUUCAAUGAACGUUUGAAGGAGGAGGUCUAACGAAAAACCAAAUGAGAUUAGUAAAACAGUGAUGAGAUUAAUGUUGAACAAUUGAGAAAAAAGAGGAAAAAACCUAAAUAGGACACAUCAUGAAGCAAAGAAUAAAGAUUAAAAAGUCAAAAAAAGUGUAGACAGAACAAAAAGAAAGAACUUGCAGUUUUUGUCCAUGACAGAACUAAUUUAGUUGUUUAUUUAAGGAGAAUCAUAUGGUUUUCAAAAUAGUAAACGGUAGAACAUGCAAAACUGCUUUUUGAAAGAAAAAAAGUAAAGGUAUCAGAACUGUUGGGAUAGUAACCACAAAAAUGAAUAGAAUAGCAUGAAAAAAUUGACAAGCAUAAGAAUCUCAAAUUAAAAAAAAGAUGGAAAGAUAGAAACACAACUCGGAUUAGUUUUUAAAAGGACGCAAGAGCCAUUGACAAGCUAAGCCUUUUUUGCAUCGGUACUCGAACUACAUACGAAAAACCAAUUUCAAAAAUGCUUGAGAUUGUUCAUUUACACGUCUUCCAAGUGCCCUAAACUUAAAACAAAUGAAAAAUUGUUUCAUUUUGGAGAAAACCGAAAAUUAGUGCCGGAGGUCACGGUGGCUCUUACGGCAUUUUGAAAACUCACCCGAGAAAAGAACUGAUUCGGUAUGAGAAAAAGAUAAAAUAGAUAGACCAAUUUAUUGCAUCAAAACAAAACACAAAGAGCUUAAUCAAAAGAUGUUCGGAUUACAAAGUGGACAUUUUUCAAACAACAAACAAAAAAGGGCAGGACGAAGUUUGCAGUAAAAGAAAAAGCGAAUAAGAAUAAAUGUGAUAGUUUUAGUGUAAACAAAGAGAACGAUAAAGAAAGGCAAACGAUAGAAGUCCAAAUAAGAUGUCUAAACCCUAAUCAACGAAAAAAAGAAAAAUCAUGUUCAUUUAGGAAUCUGACUGAGAAUAUUUGAAACUAUCUUAAAAUAAACCCUAAUAAGCAUCCUACGAGUUUUUUUUUUGCGAAGAUAAAGUUCAAGUAUAAUUAAAAAAAAAAGUAAAAGGAAACUAAAAAACAAAUGAAAUAAGGGCAAGACGAAGUUUGCCGGGUUCACCUAGUUAACAUAUAUAUUUCAAACGCCUAACAACCCCCCAAAAAAUACUAACCCCUCUCAAAAAAUAAUCCCAGGGCCUUCAUAUAUUUUAUGGACUGGAUGAGGGAGUCGUGGAUCGCCUGGCCCAAGUCACAUGAAUGUCAUUGUCUAUUUAAUCAUACCAUAACAAAUGGUUGGAUAGAGAAUGAUAAGCUUUUAAGGUCCUUAAGAUAUAAGUCGGUUACUAACCAAACCGUCUCAGUUGAAACAUACUGCGGUCAUGGCCAAGUCCUGCCAAGACGGGGGUACUAAUACAUACAUACAUACAUACACAAGCAAUGUUCAAAAAUCCAGAAGACCUCAACUUGGUAUUGAAAUGGUUUUAUUUUGAGAUAUUAUUUUACCCUUGGAAUAACAUGGUUUGGUAUUGUUGUGCCCUUCCACCUACAAGACUUUGGCAUGUUACCAUCUGGGUAACCAAGGGCACAUUUUGGUCGCUGUUGGUAUUCCCGUGUUAUUUACCCCUGCUCGGGAUCUCACCCAAUUGCCCGAACUGUGGAAUACGCGGUAAUUGAAUGCCCCCGGUUCCAAAGUAGUAGGUAGAUCUUGUUGCUGGGAUGUGGUAAUGACAUAUCGCCAGAUAACCUGACAGACAGAAUGUGUCAGAGCGAGGAAGCAUGGGGUGCAGCUAUAACGCAGAUGAUGCUCAAAUUACAAGAGAAGUGGCGCACGGACCAACGUGCGUCCCGGAACGAAGGGCCCCUGGCUCAGUAGUUCUGUUGAUGUAUAAAAGUUGAUAUAUAAAAGGUGAUAUAUAAAAGUUGAUAUAUAAAAGUUGAUAUAUAAAAGUUGAUAUAUAAAAGUUGAUAUAUAUAAAAAAAUGUUGAAGAGGCGCGCGAUGAUAGAGCGUGCCUCCCGGAACAACCGUUCCGAAAUGAGAGCGCAAUUAGCGCUGCUCCUCCCUGACGUAAUAUCGAAAGACAGUUCCGGGGAGGCUUGAAGGCUUACCGUGAUAUUAGGGCGGGUACGUCCUAUGCAAAAGAAAAAAAAGCCAGGUUGGCUUAAGUGGUUAAGCCAAAUUGGCUUACACAUCGUUAAGCCAAGUACACUUAAGGGAUGAUAAGCCAAGUUGGCUUCCCGAGCAUGGGUAAAUAACAAGGGAAAUGCGUAAUAAUACCUGUCCCUGGUAACAAUACCAAAUUUUGGUAUUCCUGGACCCUUUAAAAUUUGUCUUGAGGAUUAUGCAAGAGCAAAAUGUGGUAUCAUACCAAUUUAAGGUAUUGUUUUGAUAUUGCAAAAUUGCUGAAUUUGUCAAUGGUCGAACACCACAUUUUGGUAUUCUUUUGGUAUUACCGUAAUCUGGGGUGAAUCGGGACUACAGUCUGAAUAGGGACAGCAGUGUUUAGAGCACUUGAAGCUUUUAAAUUUGGAAAUGGAUGAACACAUUUUGUUGGUCUGAGUCUGUUCUAAUCGAAACCAACCAGAAAAAUCAAAAUAUUGUGAUCCAACAUGGUUAAAACUGCUGUCCCAAUUCGCCCCAUGUGUCCCAAUUGACCCCAGUUUACGGUACAGUAUUUUAUAAAAUUCCUCUGAAACUAUGGAAAAAUUUUUACCAAUUUUGACAAAAUUAUUAAUUUUGCGCUAAAAUAUUUCUCAAAGCGAAUGCUUUCAUAGAAAACCGGAAAUUUCAAACUUGAUUUUAAACAUUUCUGAUAUACCCCCUAAAGAAAUGACUUAAAAUUAUGGAAUAUUUUCAAAGUCAGGAUGGCACAUUUUGGUAUUAUUUUAAUAUUUAAGUGUUUUAUCAAAUUCCUCUGAAACUAUGGGAAAUUUUUGACCAAUUUUGACAAAAUAAUUAAUUUUGCGCUAAAAUGAUGUCUCAAAGCGAAUGCUUUCAUUGAAAACCGGAAAUUUUAAACUUGAUUUUAAAUAUUUUUGAUAUACCCCCUAAAGAAAUGACAUGAAAUUGAGGAAACAUUUUUAAGUCAGGAUGGCACAUUUUGGUAUUGAAAGGUUUCAUCAAAUUCCUCUGAAACUAUGGGAAUUUUUUUUUAUAAAUUUUGACAAGAUAAUUAAUUUUGCGCUAAAAUGACUUGAAACCCAAAAAUGUUAAAGCUGAUUUUUUGUAUAUAUAGCCACAAAGAUUUUUUUUAAAAACGUUGAAAUUUCUCUAAGUCGGGAUAACCAAAUACUUUGAAAAACAAAAACUAUUGAAUUUUGGUGAAUUUCAAUCC